GGAAAAAUUAUGGAAAAAACAUGGAAAAAAUAAUGGAGAAAAUCCUGGGAAAAGAAUGGGAAAAUCUUGGGAAAAUCAUGGAAAAAUUGUGGGAAAAUAAUGGGGAUAAUCCUGGGAAAAGAAUGGAAAAAUGGGAAAAUCUUGGGAAAAAUCUUGGGAAAAAUCCUGGGAAAAUUGUGGCAAAAUCAUGGAAGAAUCUUGGGAAAAUCUUGGGGGAAAUCAUGGAAAAAUCUCAAGAAAAAUCCUGGAAAAUGAUGGGAAAAGAAUGGGGAAAGUUGUGGGAAAAUCUUGGUAAAACAUGGAAAAAUAAUGGGAAAAAUCCUGGGGAAAAAAAAGGGAAAAUCAGGGGAAAAUCCUGGAAAAGUCUUGGGAAAAAUCGUGGGAAAAUCUUGGGGAAAUCUUGGGGGAAAUCCUGGGAAAAUCUCAAGAAAAAUCCUGGGGAAAAAAUGGGAAAAUCUUGGGAAAAACAUGGAAAAAAUCUCGGGAAAAAUCCUGGGAAAAGAAUGGGAAAAUCAUGGGAAAAUUGUGGCAAAAUCAUGGAAAAAUCUUGGGAAAAUCUUGGGGGAAAUAAUGGAAAAAUCUCAAGAAAAAUCCUGGAAAAUGAUGGGAAAAAUCAUGGAAAAAAUCAUGGGGGAAAAAAUUGGGAAAAUCAUGGAAAAAUCCUGGGAAAAGAACGGGGAAAUUUUGGGGGAAAAAAUGGGAAAAUCUUGGGGAAAUCUUGGGAGAAAUCAUGGGAAAAUGUCAAGAAAAAUCCUGGAAAAAGAAUGGGGAAAAUCCUGGGAAAAACAUGGAAAAAUCUUGGGGAAAUAAUGGGGGGGAAAUGGUGGGAAAAUCUUGGGAAAAAUGAUGGAAAAAACAUGGAAAAAAUAAUGGAGAAAAUCCUGGGAAAAAUACUUGGAAAAGAAUGGGAAAAUCCUGGGAAAAAUCAUAGAAAGAUCUUGGGAAAAAUCAUGGAGUAAUAACGGGGAAGAUCCUGGGAAAAAAUGGGAAAAUCUUGGGAAAAACAUGGAAAAAAAUCUCGGGAAAAAUCCUGGAAAAAGAAUGGGAAAAUUGUGGGAAAAAUCUUGGGAAAAUCUUGGGGGAAAUCAUGGAAAAAUCUCAAGAAAAAUCCUGCAAAAUGAUGGGAAAAGAAUGGGGAAAGUUGUGGGAAAAUCUUGGGAAAAACAUGGAAAAAACAUGGAAAAAUUAUGGGAAAAUCAUGAGAAAUAAAUGGGAAAAUCAUGGAAAAAUUAUGGGAAAAUAAUGGGGGAAAUGGUGGAAAAAUCUUGGGAAAAUCUCAGGAAAAAUCAUGGAAAAAUCCUGGGAAAAUAAUGAGGAAAAUCCUGGGGGAAAAAAUGGGAAAAUCUUGGGAAAAACAUGGAAAAAUCUCGGGAAAAAUCAUGGAAAAAGAAUGGAAAAAUCCUGGGAAAAGAAUGGGAAAAUCUUGGGGAAAUCAUGGAAAAAUCUUGGGAAAAUCUUGGGGGAAAUAAUGGAAAAAUAUCGGGAAAAAUCAUGGAAAAAUGGAAAAAUCGGGAAAAAUAAUGGAAAAAGAAUGGGAAAAUCCUGGGAAAAAUCUUGGGAAAAACAUGGA